AUGGUGCGCCUUCGAGAGAUUCCCCGAACGGCCGCCUUCGCCUGGUCUCCAGGUGCUGGCAAGCCCAUCUUAGUCACUGGUACUCGUGCUGGAGCUGUUGAUGUAGAUUUUUCAGACGAGAGCAAGCUUGAACUCUGGGAUCUUGCUCUAGAUGAUCAACAACAGGGUCUCGAGCUACAACCUGUCGCCAGCAUCAGCACCGACGCUAGGUUUUACGAUGUCGCAUGGGGUCCUCCCAACGAGGAUCAUCCCCGAGGUAUCAUCGCCGGCGCCCUCGAGAAUGGAUCUCUAGAUCUUUGGGAUGCUGAGAAGCUCAUUGCCGGAGAUUCAGAUGCUCUUAUCUCCCAGACAUCAAAACACAGUGGUCCAAUUAAGACAUUAGAAUUCAACCCAUUGAAGCCCCAGAUUCUGGCCACGGCUGGCGCCAAAGGAGAACUCUUCAUCUACGACGUCAACGAUAUUGCCAAUCCCUUCCGACUUGGAAACGCUGCUGCCCGAUCCGACGAUAUCGAAUGUCUAGCAUGGAACCAAAAGGUUUCGCAUAUUCUUGCCACCGGAGGAAACGGUGGGUUUGUCACGGUCUGGGAUCUAAAGACUAAAAAGGCUUCUUUGACUCUCAACAACAACCGAAAGGCCGUCAGCUCUAUUGCUUGGGAUCCCAACAACUCAACGAAGCUUUUGACAGCAACUCCAGAUGACAAUAACCCUGUCAUUCUGCUAUGGAAUCUUCGAAACUCCAAUGCCCCUGAGAGGACACUUCAGGGACACGAGUCUGGCAUUCUCUCUCUGUCUUGGUGCCAGCAAGAUGCCGAUCUCUUGCUUUCGUCAGGCAAGGACAACCGAACUAUUGUGUGGAACCCCAGCACUGGCGAUCGAUACGGCGAAUUGCCCGAAGUGACCAACUGGACUUUCCUAACCCGUUUCAAUCCACAUAACCCCAACCUCUCAGCAACUGCCAGCUUCGAUGGCAAGAUCACGGUGCAGACUCUCCAGAACACCAACCCUGAUACCUCCAAGGCAGCGGCUGAGAAGAACCUUGAUGACGAGGACUUCUUCCGGGCUGCUCAGGAUCAGCCUCAGGAUGCCUCGUGGUCUUUGGCCAAGGCUCCCAACUGGUUCGAGAGACCCGUCGGUGCCUCAUUCGGUUUCGGCGGAAAGAUCGUUGUCUUCAGGCCCAAUGCCGCUCAGCCUGGCCAAAAGCGCACCUCCAAGAUCACGAUCACCAACUUCUCCGUUGAUUCUGAUGUUUCGUCUGCCACCCAGAAGUUCCAGGACGAUAUUGCUUCUGGAAACAUUACUGAAAUUUGUGCCGACAGAGUCGAGAAUGCCAAGACUGACGAAGAAAAGGCCGAUUGGGAGGUGAUGGGCACUUUGGUUGGCGAAAACCCUCGUGAAAAGAUUGUCGAAUAUCUUGGUUUCAAGAAGGAUGAUCUCACAAAUGGAAGUGCUGAAGAAACUACUGAGGAUGCUCAGGAGGAAGAGGAGACCAAGGCGUCAACUGAGGAGGCUGAGGAAAAGAAGAGCAAGCGUGUGUCGAGCUUCUUUGAAGGCACUGAAGGCGAUAACGAUGACUUCUUGUCCAACCUCGCUGCUACGAAGGGUGCCAAGACAGAUAACCCCUUCCAUCUCUUCAGCGACUCCGAUACUUCCGUUGAAAAGAGCAUCACAACUGCUCUGAUGCUUGGUAACUUCGCCAAAGCAACUGACCUGUGCCUCAAAGAGGAUCGAUUUGCUGAUGCAUUCCUGAUUGCCAACUGUGGUGGUCAAGAACUGGUUGACAAGGUUCAAGCUGCCUACCUAUCGCGCAAGACAGAUAUGCCAAGCUAUAUGCGUCUUCUCGGUUCUGUCAUCACAAAGAACCUUUGGGACGUAGUCUACAAUGCCGACCUGGAGAGCUGGAAAGAGACCAUGGCUAUCCUCUGCACCUUCUCCGACCCGACCGAAUUCUCGGAUCUUUGCGAGGCAUUGGGUGACCGGAUCAACGAGGAAGGUGACCGAAAGGAUGCUUCGUUCUGCUACCUGGUCGGUUCCAAGCUUGAGAAGGUAGUGUCCAUCUGGGCUGCUGAGCUUGACGAAGCCGAACAGGCAGGACUGAAGGAGGAGUCCGGCGAUUCUACCUUCUCUGUCCAUGCUCGAUCUCUGCAGAACUUCAUCGAAAAGGUCACCGUCUUCCGCCAUGCCACCAAGUUCCAGGACGGCGAGACGAAACUGGACUCGGACUGGAAGCUUUCCACCCUGUACAACAAAUACACCGAGUAUGCUGAUAUCCUGGCUGGCCAUGGCCAACUCGAGACUGCUCAGAAGUAUCUCGACCUUCUCCCUUCGAAUUAUCCCGCUGCUGAGCUGGCAAGAAACCGCGUGCGUCUAGCUACCAAAAAGCCUGCUGCCCAACCCGCUGCCCGAGUACCAGCAUCAUCAAGCCGAACCACAUCCCGGGCUCAGCCUACUCUCGGAUAUCAGCCUCCUCAACCGGCACUUGUCCCUGGAACCAUAACCGGCUCCGGCCCUGCCAAUCCUUACAGCAACAUUGCUCCAAGCCCUGCCGCUCCCCGAUCUACUGGAUCGCCUGCACAGUAUCAGCCACCGACAAACCCUUAUCAGCCACAUAACAGUUAUGCCGCUCCUGCGCAACCCGGUUAUGGUGCGCCAGGUGGUUAUCAACCUGCUGCUCAACCAGGAUAUGGUGCUCCAACUCAGCCUGGUUACGGCGCUCCCGCUCAACCUGCUUAUGGUGCACCUGCUCCCUUGGCACCUCCCCCAAUGGGUGGUCCUCCUCGCAACACCACUCCCUCGUCGGUAACACCCGCGGCCAAGAUAAAGAACAUGGACAACUGGAACGACGUGCCUCUUGUGACCAAGGCACCUCCAGCACGCAGAAGCACGCCCAACGUUCAGCCUAUCACUUCUCCUUUCCCCGGCCAGCAAGGCACAAGUGCUCCCCCACCCCCCAGCGGUGCUCCUUACGGGCAACGAACUGGAGCAACUCCCCCUCCUCCCCCCCCCAAGGGAUCCGCGCCCCCUCGAGUUCAAUCUCCCCUAGCAGCUCCCACCCAGAACUUUCAGGCUCCUCCAGCUGCCAGUGGCCACAACCCUUACGCACCCCCUCCUCCAGCUGCUGGCGCAAUCCCUUCGCCAAUGCCAAACGCUCUCCCACGGACUGCGUCGCCGUACAAUGCUCCUCCUGCCACGGCACCUCCCUCCAAUCGAUAUGCUCCCACUCCUGCUGCCCAGCCACAGCAACAGUUCAGCCAGCCCCCAGGAUCUGUGCCACCUCCUGGAGCCGCCAGCCGUCCUCCCCUAGCUGGUUCGUUCGGCGCUCCGCCUCAGCAGUCAACUCCCAACCAGUAUGCUCCCUCGCCAUACGGUGCCCCUCCUAGCCAGCCAUCCGCGCCACCAACCGGGCCACCUCCUAUGAAUCGGCCUGGGCCUCCUGGAGGACCUGCUGGUGCUGCUUCUCCCAGGCCAACUCCUCCUCCCCAGUCCUCGGCGCCUCCCAAGGCGAGGCAUCCUGCCGGUGACCGAUCACAUAUCCCUCCUAACGCCCAACGUCUAGUUGAUAUCCUGAACCAAGAUAUGCAGCGCGUCGCUUCUAAAGCUCCUGCGACAUUUGCGCCUCAGGUCAAAGAUACACAGAAGCGACUUGGCUUACUCUUUGACCAUCUCAAUAAUGAGGAACUCGUUAAGCCUGACACAAUUGAGCGAUUGACUGAGCUUGCCAAUGCUCUUGAAGCCAAGAACUACGACGGUGCGCAUAAGCUGCAGGUUGAGAUCCAGCGAGACAAGACUGAGGAGUGUGGCAACUGGAUGGUUGGUGUCAAGCGUCUGGUUAGCAUGAGCAAGGCUACGCCAUGA